AUAAAACUUCAAAAUUAACGAUAACGAUGUGACGAAUGAUCAAAUUUGAAAGAACACAUGAAGCAAAUUUAUUCUAUGGUUGAUGGUACCAAAUGAACCAAUCAGAAACUCGCCAUGUACCCAAAUUUGUCGCCAUUGUGGUUACAUUUUGCUCUAAUACGAAGUUGAACAGACGCAAAAAGUUUUGUCAUUUUUAUUUAAAAACCGAGCUUCUUAUUCGAAUUGCUAACAUCGUAAUGUUUUCAGUGCAUUUCCGUUGCAUAUUUCCGUUUCCAGAAACAUAUACCACAAUGACAUUGUGUAACCUCAUGAUUAAUGACUUUCUCAGUCACGAUCGGACCGUCAUAGGCGACGGGUCAUUUACAUAUUUGACCAGAUCUCUGUAUCUUCUUUUUUAUCAGACAUCUACAAAACGUGUACGAGUACUUCCUAAUUUAUGCAUUGUUUAAAUGUCUGCAAUAAUAUUGAAAAAUGUGUCAUUGUAUUUGGAAAAGUCUACAUAAUCGUUUUACGAAACAGACAUUAUUACAUAUUAGACGAUAGUGCAUCGCGGUUACCAGUUGAUUUGUAAAUUACGAAAGAGAUAAUUCACGGCGGCGAUCUCACGCGAUGCUACGAUCAAGCUCGCGGCUUUCGAGCGUGAUCUACGCGCCGCCGGAAGAACAAGGAAAGGAAGACUUCAGGAGUAGGAGCCGCGGCGCGUAUCCAGCCACUUUCAUUGUUAUUCGAUCUGCCUUACCCCGAAGGCGCAAGCUGAGGAUCAGCACUGUUCUCGUCUCACGGAGAAACACCGAGACUCUAUUUACCACCUGCUCUGGUCGAUUGAUCGCGCGAUCGAGUCACCAGUGAUGUUGGCACUCAAGCUAUCCGCACCGUUGUUGCUGGUGUUAUCGUCGAUCAGGCUCGCUCGCACAAGCAUCGCUAACUGGGAGGCCUGCGGUGGAAGGCUGGAACGUGCCUUGGAUGCGCUCCAUAGAGAUUCCAGCAGAAGAAACAGACUAGAGGAGGAGGAAACGGGCACGUCUUAUCAGCAAGAACUUCGUUCUGCACCACUUGAGAUGUCAGUCUCCCGGAUUGCUGUUAAACUGCCGCAAGGAGCCAGGGACACCGGAUCCCCAUGGGCCAGGGUGGAGAAAUGCGUCUACGAGCCGAACAACAAUUCCCUGCAGACCCGCGUGAUGUUCAAUGACCUGUCUGUUUCCGGUUUGGUAUCGCUGAUGCCUAGAGAUCAGCAGCCGCCGAUCCCAGCCGAGUCUUGCAGGAUGAGUCUGCGUUUAAGACGCGCGGGAAUCGACUUUUUAACCAGUCCAAUUGCUAGAGGCAGAGGACAGAUGAGAAUCCGAACCGAGUCUAGUUUUCUGGAGCCAAGAUUCGCCUCUAUUUACGCCUAUGGCUGCCAUACCAAGCGUUUGGACAAGCAGAUCAAGAGACAAGAUAAAUGGCCACCGUUUUACAAUCCACCUCGAGACGAGUACACCAUGUUGCCUGUAACGCAAAACGACGACUACGAGGCAGCGGAACCCCGCCAGUUAAUAGGCGUGUCGAAAGAGGUGGAUGUCAUUAUACCGAACGAGACUCGUCAUUCUCGUUUCCUGAGUUCACCGGUUUCAAAAUUGGGCAUCUGGCGGAAGAAUGUGUGGCUGACCAAGUCGUUGUCCCGCGACAAGAGGUCCAUGUCCGAAUCCAACGUCCUCGAAGGCACCUCGAGCGUUGACCACUUUCCAGGAUCUGUCGAAACUGGUCAGGAAGCCGGCGAUCACAACAAGAAGAUCUCUAGAUCCAUGGAGACAAUCACGCCGCAGGAUUUCGCAAGAGCGUUGUCCAGUAGGAGAUUGAGAACGAACGAAACCAACAAUUGUACCGAUCAUCGGAACAACUUGGAGAACAAAACAGAGAGUUUCUUACGGAUUUUGAACGAUAGCGAGCCUAAAAAUAAUUUUAAAAGAGAGAAUAGUUAUCAAAACAGCGAGGAUCCGAAAGAGACGAGACAAUUAUAUCCUGAUGAUCACUUAGAUAAUAUAUUUCCUCUUGAAUUAGAAAAUGAUGGCAGGGGUUGGCAGUCUAAGGAACACGUAGCUAGGGAAAUGGAGGACGUGUUCCUCAGAGGCGCUAGCCAGGCCCUUACUAGGUUUAUAGAGCGGCAAUUGCAUCCUGCUAUCAAAGAGACUUUGAUGGUCUCUAUGGGGUACACUAUUAGUUAUGGAUAAAGCACUGAUGUAUGUGGUCUCUAUUGUUAGUAAGUCUUAGAGAAGUUUUUAAUCGAGCAGAGACACUGUGAAAAUGUAUUUAUGUCUAGUCUUCAGAACUAUACAUAGAAUUGGAUACAGUAGACUUUGUUCAAAAGACAAGGUGGUAGAUUAAUAUACAGUCUUACCAUUAUUAAUAUGUAAAUCGGUACACUUGGCUAACAGUUUUAGUAUUUUUCUACGGAUAGCGACGCAAAUACUUACUCGUUUCCGUUAUUGCCGGCCGGCCGGCUGAUCGGAACAUGGUGUAGCGGUUCCAGCCUCGGCAGCUCGUCGCUUGUUAGCAAUCAGUUGCCAAGGCAUGAUUCAUAUCUAUACCAUUACUUUCUUCUAACUUUAUUUCUAACUCUUUACCAUUCCUAGUCCAUUCUUACUCAUCGCCUUACCCAUUUCUUAUAUCCUGUCAACGUUUAAGCCUAGACCAUUUUACAACUCUUAAAAUAAUAGAAAAAUUUGUAUAUUUCUUUUUCCUUCCUUUUAUGUAUAGUUUUAGUAUUGCAAUGUUGUAUUUUAUUUGGUGAUAAAUAAAGAUCAUUUGCUACAACA